AUCAAUUUUCAGAUAUUUUCCAAUUUUCCUAUUUUGUAAAAUCUAGUUCACGCAUUGCCUUACUGCUAUUAAAAGCAGACAAUCAAUUCUUAGUCCUUCAUAGUGACCUGAAUUCACCACACUACAAUCAUGAUUCCUAGGUUUUGUUUUCCUCAUCUUCAGUAUAAAUCUAAGAACAGUAUACAUAAGUGAAAACAAAACGGUUAAAAAUGAAGCAGAUUAAUAUUGGUGUCCGCAUGCAUUGGUUUCAACGUGGAAUAAACAAAAAUAAUUCUUACAAAUCGUCAAAGUCUUCAUUCCAUGUAUGUUAUUUGCGUACCAACGGAUAGUGUGCAUUUGGGACCACAAUGUAAACUAGUUAUUUGUACUAAUUGUGCUAUCCUGUCUAAAUAAAAGAAUUUAUUAUUAUUAUUAUCUUGGACGGAUUUGACUCCAGUCUUGGGCACUGUUUUUUAUAUAGAGUUUUUACAAGUUGAUUGUUAUUUUGGAUUUCCAAUAUUUCGGCUUGAGAGUCACUGAAGAGACAUUAUUUGUCGAAAUGCGCAUUCGGUGCAUCAACAUUGGUACCGUAUAAGUUUUACAUAUUGUGGUCUUUUUCGGGAUUGUGUAACAAUAAAGAAAACUAUCAAAAUAUUCUAAAGAAAACUGUGAUUGCAGCUGAAGAAUUUACAAUUUUAAAUAAGAGAACCACAAAGUUAAAUAUAUUACAUAUACUAUGAAGUGUUAGAAGUGUAGAUCUCUAUGAGAUGUUUAACACAACUGUUUUCUCCUACUUAACAUAUACAUGUACUAUGAAGUGUUAGAAGUGUAGAUCUCUAUGAAAUGUUCAACACUAGUGUUUUCUCCCACUACAUGUACAUCAUCAUCCUACAUUCCAUUAUCAAUAAGUGGUUCGCUAUUCACAUGUCAAGUGUGCAUCACUUGAAUACCUUUUGAAUCUUUUCCAGAUAAUUUUCCUUUACAUGAAGUAUAUUUGGAAAUUAAUGCUCAUUUUAGCCAUUUUAAUGACCAUGGAGACAUGCAGAAGGAAGAAAUGGCCAUCGUUAUCCAACUCACUUAAUGUUAUUCUGUAUAUCACGAUGUUUCAAUCUUGUCGAUGAAUAUAACAUGAACUUAAUGAAAUACCUAUGUAUAACCUCAAUAGCGGUCACAGUAGCUCGGUGGUAGAGCGUUCUUUUCUUCACCGGGAGAUCGUGAGUUUGAGUCCCGCUCGUGCAAUGGCCGCGUCAAACCUUAGACGCAAACACAGGUAGUGAUUGUUCCUUCGCCAUACGCUCGGCAUUUCAAAGUGAUUGUGUAAGGUUUCUUUCGAGUAUGCUCUUAAAAACGGAGGUCCCGUGUCGCGACAGGCGUUGGUAGCAGGCGUUGGCACGUUAAAGCGCCCUUACUACAAUGACCGAAAGCGCUAAGCAUACAUGUUUACGUCCAAGUCUUCAGCUACAUUUGGGAAUGUGUGUGGAAAAAAUUCGACAGAAUUUAAAAUGACCAACCAACCAACCUCCAGAAGAACAUAAAAAGUUGUUCAGAAUGUGUAGAAUAUAUACAACAAUACAGUGGGAUACUUUGAAAUAAAUUAAGUUACUGUAGUUUAUGGAUAACAAUAUAAUGAUUGUAUAUUUUCUUUAUUACCAAUACCUUUGAAUUUGCGGUGCCAUGUUAUUUUCAAUCAUGGGCGUCAUCUACAAAUAUGAUUUACUCAAAUUUAUUUAUCACGUAAGGCACAAUGACAUUUAUAAUUAGUAAUGCAUCUCAGAUGUAGUACUGAAAGGUCAAGUGCACCAUUGAUUUCUGAGAUAUAUCAUCCACGAAAAUAAACAUUUGAGAAAUAUAAUUUCCGGGAUAACUUUGAUGUAGAGAAAUUUAACUCUUAAUUAAUUUGUCGUGAACUAUUUUAGAAUUAGUGUUUUUCAAGUGGCCAUUUGUUAUAGGGAAGAGCAAAAUCCAAUCAGAAUCAAUUCAUGCAAAGUGUUUAUAAACAAUCCAUGCAAAACUAUUUCUUUCUUCGCACGGAAAAUGCAUGGAAAAUAAUUUGAAAAAUGCCCCCCUAAAGCUGAUGGUAAUGCAAAGGGUGAAUGUUUUCGUAGUGACAUACCUGUUUGUCAUUUUAUGUUUGGAAAAAUGGACAGUGAGAGCUUACUGCGACGGUGCGUACAAACCAUGCUGUGCAGGGGAAAUGUGGAAUUCAACAUCAAACUCAUGUAUUGAAUGUCCGCUCGGAUUUCACGGAGCCAAUUGCAGUAGGACGUGUACUUUUCCAUACUACGGAAAGAAGUGUUUGGAUGGCGAAUGCGCUUGCUCAAAAGAAUUGUGUGACUUUGCAACCGGAUGUAAGGAAACCACAACUAAAACUAAAGUUGAAACAACUUCAACAUUAACAACUAAAGGUAAUACUUUCCAUACUCUGAGCUGGGAGCUUUCUAGUCCUAAUACAGUCACCAUACAAAGGAAGGAAGAAACAUCAAAUUCAAAUCACAUUUUCAAGAAUCCUAUUCUUCUGGGAAUAUUUGGUGUAAAUUUCAUUUUCCUGGUUCUAAUUCUCACAUACUGUUGUAAAAGACUGAGAAACCCAUGCUUCUCGAAGGUGAGUCUAGCACAACCACGCAAAGAAAUGGCGGCUAAAGCUCAUUGUCAUUAUGAAGAACUAGAUGUACAAGUGUACAAUGAAAUAGAAAACAGUUAUAAUGUAUUGACCUUAACUCCUCCAGAUCUUCUCAUCGAAACACCGUCACUCUCAUCUAACGGAUCUUCAAAAUUCACUGGGAGUGGGAACAAUGUGAAUUUCGCUUAUGAUGACGUAGCCAAUGUUCAACAAGAGCACAUACCGUCGACUUUGCCUAAGAGUGAUAUAUCGGAAUCACUGAAAGAUGCCUACAUUGUUAUGCAUGCUCCACCAACUAAAAAUGCGGAUAAUUAGUACCUGACAAAUGUCAAAGCUUAUGAUAAGCGAAGGCGAUAAGCAAGAAUGAUUUAAAGGCCGUAUUGUUUGCCAUUGUUUUGCUUGUCUGCGCUUUGAAUGAAUUUUGUUCAAAGUUUAUGUCAAUAACAGUAUGAAUUGUGCUAAUUUUAUAUAGAGCAAAUCAGGAUAGAUGUGUCCAAAUCUUGUGUAAAGAUAUUAUAUGUUUUAUAUUUGCUGAUUUUUCACGUUUUUGAACCUUUAUUUUCGUCAUUUGUUUUCUUUAUUAAAUGACAUAUUUCAUUCCUACA